AUGGCGUACCACCCCGAGUAUCCUAUCUGCACCAUCUGCGGCAUCAGGCUCGAGGAGCCUCUCUGCUACCUCGAAGAGCUGGCCGAGCGCUCGCCUGGUGAACGAGAUUGGAAAGACGACGUCGUUGCCCUAUCUGGCCCGCAUUGGUCACCAGGGGAAUCGCCGUCCCUGGACCUGGCCGACGAUGCAGUACAUCGCUUUGAUGCUGUCGCAACCUGGCAUCCCUCGGUAGGGCUAGUCCUUCUCCCGGAUAAGCGAAGUGUGGACACCCAGUCCCGGUACGAGCCUGACAAGCCCAAUACCUUGGUACCGCCUGCCUCUAUGCAGCUAUUCAUGGGGAUACAUGCUGCCUGUGAGGAAGUGGCCAACCGCGUCAUGAGGACCUCAUUCAAUGCUCGGGUUCGUUCAAUAGGACAUCUCUGGAUGACGCUCGAACGCCGUUGUGCUCGACCCAUGGACCGUCACCCGCACAUGGGCUUCCUCCCUUACUUGCCAGAAUCCCAGUCAGGUCAACCACGCUCGUUUGGCACUGGGCGUUACUUUAUUCCCUAUUCCUGCAUAAUCAGAUAUGGAGAUGAGUGGGAUGGAUGGUGGGAAGAUGACCCUAUCGUCAUUCCUGACUUGACGAUUCAGCUUCUCUCAAACCUUAAACCAGUCAGUUGGACCACCGGUCCUUUGUCGAGCAAGUUCAUGCAACAGUUCAAGGGCCGUCUCAUGACUCUGCCGCAGGAGCUCAAGAAUCAGCUUGUGUCCCUGUUGCAGGAAAGUCCUAUCUGCCUUGACUGCAACUAUUUGAUGCCUCAGUAUCUAUGGAAGCAAGCGUUCUUGCAAAUCCCGUUCCUUUCGGAUCUCGAUACGAAAUUGGUACUCGAGAAAGCCGGUUCAGAACCGUCCGAGACAGAGGAGUGGAACUGGGAAAAGAUUACUCGGCAGGUUCUGAGUCCUGCACAACCCCCGUCCCCCAUUUCAUAUGCGUCAAAGAAAGGUUAUGUGUGGGACUACGACAAGGUUGGACUGCGUGUGCCCCCUGGAUUUACCAAUCGCCGACGAAUCUGGCAGAUUGUGGAGGAAAUGUGGCCAAACGAUGUAGGAGUGUGA